AUGAGCUCUUCAGCUUCUCACCUCCGCCAAAUCGGCAUUCACCGCAACCUGCCAACCUUUGACGACUCGCUCAAAGAACUUACGGCCAUCAUCACCGGCGCCAAUGGCAUCUCUGGCUUCAACACCAUGAGGGCUCUCCUUGACAGCCCCAAGCGCUGGAAGACCAUUUACUGCCUCUCUCGCAAGCCUCCACCGGAGGAGAUGAUGGCUCUUCUGUCCCCUGAAGCCCAGUCCCGCAUCGAAAUUGUCACCUGUGACUUCCUGCAGGAUCCUGCCUCGAUCGCCAAGAGCAUGACCCAAGCUGGUGUUCGGGCCGACCACAUCUUCUUCUACUCCUACAUUCACAAGGAUUGGUCUCAAGCGGAAGCCCUCGUUGAAAGCAAUGUCCAACUCCUCAAGAACUUCCUCGAGGCCCUGGAGCUCGCCGAGAUCAAGCCCAGCCGGUUCGUUCUUCAGACCGGCGGCAAAAACUACGGUGUGCACAUUGGUCGUGUGCGAACCCCGCUGUUGGAGUCUGACCCGCAGCCGCGACACCUGCAGCCCAACUUCUACUACCCUCAGGAGGACAUGUUGAAGGAGUUCUGCGCAAAGCACGGUACUUCGUGGAACAUCAUCAUGCCCACUGCUGUCAUUGGUACUUCUUCGAACGCAUCGAUGAAUACCUUUUGGUCUUUCGCUGUCUACGCUGCCAUUCAAGCACGCAAGGGAGAGUCCCUUGCAUUCGGGGGAGACUGGGAGCAGUGGCAGUAUGAGUACUACCACUGCUCUGCCCGCAUGACUGGCUACCUCAGCGAGUGGGCGGCCCUCGAACAGGGUUGCGCGAACCAGGCGUUUAACACUCAAGACGGUGGUCCUUUCACCUGGGAGCGUUUCUUUGCCGAGCUGGCUCGCUGGUUUGGUGCGAAGGGUGUGGUGCCGCCCCCUGAUGACGAGUCAGGACUCAAGACAGUCGAAGGCAGGUCGGGCAAGAAGACCCCUUUGGGCUACGGACCCCCGCUGUCAUACAAGUCCAGCUUCACUCUUCGGGACUGGGCUGCCGACAAGAAGAAUGUAGAGACCUGGCAUGCGAUCAUGAAGGAGUCUGGAGGCAAGAUCACUCAUGAUCCCUUCAAAGACCCGGAUACUUUCUUUAUGGGAGACUUUGCUUAUCUCAGGUUCGGAAGCGUGUCCUUGAACAAGGCCAGAAGAUUUGGAUGGACCGGGUUUCUUGACACCAUGGAGAGUAUCUUUGAGUCUUAUCAGGAGAUGGAAAAGCUGGGCAUGUUGCCAAGCAUGCAGGUCGAUGCUGCCCAGCCACUCGGCUGCUAG